CGAAAGGAGCAAUAGUAGCAGGGUCCGGCACAUUUCUCGGUGAUAGCAUAGGUGUGCAGUAGUGCUGGGGAUGGUGGGAGCGUUUGUUUACGUCAAUUCCUAAGCAUACAAACAUUGGUCUCGUGAAAGAACUCUUUUGGAGAAAUCAAGGUAUAAAUACAUUUUUCGUGCAAUUGUGCUGGCAGAUAGAAGCAAAGCAAAACAACGCCACAUUGAAAACCAAACCUCAUAUUAUUUGUCACCCUUGUGCCAAAGCCAAAUAAUGAACAUAACAACGUUGUUCUACGAACUUGUCCGUAAGGAUCUGGCACAAAUCUACAGUACAUUAUCCAGUAACUUGUCCUUGACAACCGACAAGGAUGAGAAUGAACGUUUGCUGCUUCAUUGGGCUGCCAUGGCUGGGCAGGAAACACUCGUCGACAAUCUGCUACGGCAACAUCCGAAUCAGUACGACGCUGAAGACGACUCGAAAAUUACACCGCUGAUAUUGGCUGCCCAGGGCGGUCAUCUGAAUAUCGUAACGAAGCUGGUAGCGCGUGGUGCCAACAUUAACCAACGAAAUGCUCGAGGACACUCCGCCCUUCAGUAUGCCUGCUCAAAAGGUUAUAUUGAAAUUGCUGAGUUUCUGCUAGAUACCGGCGCCGACGUCAACAUUUUAGAUCACCUGAACGAAACCCCUCUGCACCGGGCGAUCGUUAUGGGACGUGAAGCGAUUGUACAAUUGCUGCUCGCACGAGGAGCCAACAUGAUGAUUGCCAACACGGCGGGAAACACGCCACUGCACUUGGCGUGUGAUGAGAACCAAAAAUGGUGCGCCAUUGCGCUGCUGAGGCGGGGUGCGAGCAGAAACGUACUGAAUCGAGACGGCGUCGGACCACUUGAACUGGCUCAACGGUCGCUUUUGAACGCCAUCGCUAAUGAAGUAGACAACCGAUCCGCGGGAUGAGUAAAUGGUAUAUUUAAUUCGAAUCAAAAGUCGUCGAAUCGUUAUUUAUUUCGAUGAUAUCACCAUGUGAUUAGGAUAAAAUAAAUGAAGAAAAAAAGGAAACGCUAAAUUUAAAUAAAACUACAACUCCG